UGGGGGGGGAACAAGGAGCUGAAAUUCAGUUGUGCUGGUGGUAUUGGAGGCACGGCACAAUGGGCAAAAGCAAAUCGAGGGAGUGAAAAGAACUGAGACGCACAUGGCUUUUAAAUGGACCUCACCAAUAAACAGUUGUGACUUACAGCCCAGAAAGGACAACAUUAGGGGACCUGGACAGACUCUGUCUUUGAAGCACUGGCCAGGAAAAAAGUUGCCAGGCUUUCUAUUUUUUUUUUCCUCAGUUCUGACAGAUUCAUUGAGGAGUCAGCUGAUGGGACGUGAGCAGUGUUUGGAAAAGCUGAAGAACUAAAGGUUUUAACCUGAAUCUGGGAACAAAAACAGAACAGCAAGGGAGAGAGAGAAGAAGGACACGCAUGAGGCAACCUACAAUGCACUGACAGCGAGGAAUGGAAAGGAUCAGCGUGGAAACAGACUGGGAUGGGUUAGGUCUCUCCUCUCCGGGCGCCAAGGGAAGGAACAACAUCUCCUCGUUUGUUACUGAGCUGAACUCAUUCAACAUUUCUCGCGGUGGAGGGUCCCUCUUUGGGAUUUUAAUAGAGAACGGCUCCAACGCCACGUCUCACACCGUUCCUCAACCCAGGGCGAGGGACCAAGGCCUAGCCCGGGCCGAGAUCGCCAUUCUGGGGGUGGUGCUGGCUCUCACCACACUGGGCAACAGCUUCGUGUUGUGGGUGCUUUUGAGAAGGAGGAAGCACAAUGCACCGAUGCACCUGUUCAUGGUCAACCUGUGUGUGGCUGACCUGGUGGUGGCGCUCUUUCAGGUUCUGCCCCAGCUGAUAUGGGACAUAACAGAGAGGUUUCAGGGGCCCGACUUUCUCUGCCGGUCCAUCAAGUAUUUGCAGAUUGUGGGGAUGUUUGCUUCCUCCUACAUGAUAGUUGCCAUGACAGUCGACCGACACCAUGCCAUCUGCUGCCCGCUGCAGGCCUACCGCGUUGGGGCUAUGUCCCGCUGGAACACCCCUGUGAUAGUGGCGUGGGCUCUGGCUCUGGUCCUCAGCAUACCGCAGGUGUUCAUCUUCUCCCGCUCGGAAGUGGCUCCGGGUGAGUUCGAGUGCUGGGGUCACUUCACCGAGCCAUGGGGGCUGAAGGCCUACGUCACCUGGAUGACCGUGGCUGUGUUCCUGCUGCCCGCCCUCAUCAUUACCAUCUGUCAGAUAAGAAUCUUCCGGGAGAUCCACAACAACAUCUACUUGAAGUCAGAGAGGAUAAUGAUGGCUGAGCUCAAGAGGAGUGAAAUCCUUCUUCGCUUCCAGGGCCUCAGGAAGGAGGAUGAGCGAGAGGGGGAGAGGGGAAGACAGGCGACCGGGAGAGAAGGUGGAGGACGGCUCCUGAAGGACAAUGACGCCCACGACUGCAAAGUGGGAGAACAUUACGACUAUGUGCCGUCUGUUAUUCAGUAUAGUAGCUGCUGCGGCGAACAUCAGACAGCAGCCACAACGCUGAUGCAGGAGCAAAUACAGAACGGCUCAGAUUUCCGGGAGUCCUGUGCCAACUCCGCCCGCUGCUCCCUGGACCAUGCCCCCCCUCCACAUCAGGUCACUCCAGUCCCCAGCAUCACCAAGGCAAUGUCCAAGACAGUGAGGAUGACCCUGGUCAUAGUGUUGGUCUAUACCGUCUGCUGGUCACCGUUCUUCAUCGUCCAGCUGUGGGCGGCCUGGGAUCCAGACCCUCCAGACCAAGGAGUGGCCUUCACAAUCCUGAUGCUGUUGGCCAGCCUGAACUCGUGCACCAACCCGUGGAUCUACACGGCUUUCUCCAGCAGCGUGUCCAGAGAGCUUCAAAACCUGCUGCAGUGUCGGUCACGACUCGGCCGACGCGGCUCCCUCCCGGACGACUCUACGGCCACACACACUUCCACCACUAAGGACAACCUGUACUGACAAACACCUAGAAGACGGACACACCGAGACACGCUUGAAAAUACAUGGCGGCUGGGCUGCGUGAACACCGUGCUGCGAUGAUCGAUGCCUCUGCCGCUGCCGUCGCCAUCGGCAGCAUCACCGCUUGAGAACGGUCCGACCUUUACCAGAUGUUUGCUUUGACAAAGGACAGCUGUACCCUCAGCAGGACAUCAAUCUGUUCUCACCUGCCUGCUCCGCCUCCACUGUACCUACCGGAAGGAUGCCAUUGACGAUGUCAACAACACGCGCUGCCGAGCCUCGCAGUGCAUCUGCAAUGCAAAAUGACCUGGAAAGUAAAGAGAUUUUCACUUCAGUAGCUUGUGGCUCGGGUCUUGUGGAGCAAUUCAUGUGGGGAAAAUAAAAAGAAAACACUGGCUGACUCUAACAAAGCGGAGAACACCAGGAAUGCAAAGGAUGGAUCGCUGCAUUAAUAUCCUCUUGGCAUGCUAAAUCCACAAGGCAGCAGGCAAAGCUGUGGAUCCAGAGGAACCCAAACAGCAAUAAGAAAGAUUACUACAGCUAUAAGUGGGAUCCAAAACCGAAGUGAAACAAAUGUUUUUUUUAUUGCUAUUAUUUAUUUUAAUGAAAGAUCAAAGGCUGAAUUCACACUUUGAAGGAAGUCUUCAGAGGUUGGACACGUAUUCACUCCUGAGGAUGCUGAGUUGAAGUAAAGCGGAGUCCUCCAAGAAGCUGCAGAAAAACACACAUAAAACACUCUCAAACAGGAGGGGAGAAAGGAGGAAAGAGCAGAAACGAACAAACAGAUUUUCUACAAGCGACUCUGGCUGUGAACGAUGUGGCUGUAGUUUGAGUAAACAUACAAGACUUUCCAAUUAUGGAGACUCCGAAAGUAUGAACCACAAACACUAGGAUGAAGAAGUUACAUUCCAGGCGCAGUGCAGAUAUGUAAAGUAUAUUUAUUGACCACGUACGGCACAACAGAUACGACCUUUUAUUUAAAAGUUGAAUGUGAACCAUCAAAUGUGAUGGUGUGUUGAGGGAAAACAAAAAGAUGUCAAACCAAAGUUUUAGCUACGCAGGUCUUAACAGCAACAAGCUUCAACAGACGUGACGGAAAUUACUGCAUUUUAACAGAACUGUUGAGAAAAAAGUCCACAUUAAGAGGGAAAUGAGUCCAAACAAAGUGCCUGGGAUGUGAGUUAUAGAUGUUGUUAGAAGGGCCUCCCUGAACGUUUUAAUCUCCAAAUGAUGUCAGCUGUGUUAUUAUUAGACAGAGCUACCAUCAGAGCAGGGAUUCUAAGAUUUGUUAUAUAACACGAUGAGCCAUUUAUGCAUUUUACUUUCUUAUUUAUUGUUUAAAAAAUUACAUAUAUAUCUUUUUUCACAUUAUUUUUCUUUCUGUGUUUUACAUUAUGCCCCUUCACUGCAUGGCAAACUAAAUGUUUUUUUUUUUUUUUAUAUAAAAUUGUUAUAAUAGAAGCUCUUUUUCUUUCCACAGAUACAGUACAUCUGCACAGACGUUUCAUCACGCUUCUGAAUGUUUAUGUUAACAGAUUUAGGGUACACAAGUUUCAAAUUCAAUUUUAAAAACACUUUAUUGAACCCGACGGAAAAUUAAAUGCAUAAAUAAAUUCAUUGUGAAUUUCCACUUAUCGAGAGAAGGCUGAAAAUCGUGUUUGACUUCGAGAGACGCUGAGGAGAGAGUGUAAUCAUUUCAAUCAGCUUUGAUGUAGCAGGUUCCCGUUAAAACACACAGAUUGUGCUGGAUAUAGAGUCAUCAGGGUGAGCUGCCAAGUUCAGGCCUUCCCCAAAGUUUAUUUCUGAGUCAGCAGUCUUUCAGUCUAUAUUGCUGUAAAACUCACUUCGCCGCAGACGGUUGUGAUUAGGUUGUUCUAGGCUUCUGAUUGGUUCCUGAAUAUCUCAAUCAAUUUCAUUUCAUCUGGGGGUAACAGUUUGAUCAGACUGGGAUUCUGAUAAGCAUAAAUGACAUAGAAGGAGGUAAACAAUGGAGUUUUGGAAUGGCCCAUUUGACCUCAAAUAUACAGACUGCUUAAAAAUUAAGUCAGGGAGGGAAAUCAAUCUAUACAAAUCAAAUAACGAAUGUACAUCGAUAGUAAAUAUCAGUGGAGGAGUAUGUAUUUAUCUAAACUUGUGUGUAAUGUAUAAUUUUGACCAAUGUACAUUUGAUAAAAUUCACAAUUUAUUUAAACUGUGCAUCUCUUAUUUUCUAUACUAAUUGAAGCUGUAUUUAUUCCACACUAUAAAAAAGAACAAUUUCAAUACAUCAUAAAAAUACUUUUUUUAUUAUUAUUUUUUUUUAAUAAAACAAAUUUAAAUGCUAGGUGUGUUCAAAUUUCUGACCAGAACUGUAACACUGUGUGUAUAAUAUUAGGUUAGAUUUUAAGUGUCCAUUUCAGCUGAGAUGUUCCUGAAAAUAACGCUGCGUUUUGUUCAGGGCUGUUCGGUUCAGCUCGUUCUCUUGUUUUCACCCGAGCAGCAGCAGCAACAAUGUUAUGCGUGUCUUCAGGACAAUACGGGGAGUCUUUCAAGGUGUCUGAGGAGCCCUCGCCCUUGUUGAAGGAGUGCCUCACCUUUUCCUCUGUGAGCCCAAAGUGUUUGGGCUUCCAGCACGCCACCGUGCAUUUGUUCCCCAGACUCAAGGCCUCCUACUUUGAUUCUCGGCCAAACAAAAGGUUAUUGCAACAACGUGCCGUGUCUCACUUUGUUAUAUCAAGAAAUGGAUAAACUUCUCCCAAGCCUUAGGAGUAUUCGUGUGUUUUUCCUCUCUUUCUGUCAGGAAGCAGAGAGGUCAAAGGAUGAUUCCUCUGCAAGAAAAGGCCCAGACUUCAGAUCAGGCACGCUUGAUCUUCCCAUUACGCGUUUCUUUUAGUCGUUAAAGCACAUUAAAAACAGCUUAAUAACAAAUGGGCUAUGAUGGAGAGAGAAAAAUCACUGACAUAAACAACUUUGAACAUCAACUAAAAAUAGAUCCAUCCUUGCAGUGAAUUUCUGUUUGACUCCUGAGAGCAGAGAGCCGGCACAACCGCAGACAUCAUCCUUCCUCUCUUUUCAUAAAACGAGGUCGAUGGGUCUUUACUUGGUCACAAUUUAUCCGUGAUCAGUUUGGGUAUCCUGAUGCCCCUCGUUUUUAAACCGAACGAGGGGCAUCAACGUCGAGAUUCAAGGUCACCCCGUCAUUACAGCCAGGGGGCAUGUUCUGCGGCCGCGGUGGGGUGUGAGGGAAACAAAUGACCUGAGCUGGAUGGCCGCAAGGACGGAGAACGUGGAGGUGGGAGGGGAAACGGUGCGUCCUCCCUCCUCAGAUCAGUGUGAAGUCAGCUGAGGAAUGACAGGGAGGGGGAUUCAACCUUUAUCGCUGUCUGUAUAAAUCAGAAAUCACAUCAGGAGUGAUCUGUCUUACUGAGGAACCCUUGUCUGUCUGUAGACCUGCUGUCUGCUGAAGCUGGUGCUCAGAUCAUUCCAAGACUGCAGGAGUCCUAUCUACCACAACAACUCGGCCGUGUGCGUUAGAAGGAGCAUUAAACUACAUGUCUAGAUAAAGUAAAAGAAAAAUGAUGCUGCUGUUAUGACCCCUGGUUUGCUUUUUCUUUCACAUUUGCAAUGUUACAUACAAUCAUCAUUACGCUUUUUCUUCAUUUAUUUCUUCAUCUAGAGAGAGAUGUGUUUAUAUUUCAGGCCCUCGUCAUGUUUUAAAGCAAAUUUUUUGAAAAAUAUGAAGUGAUUCAAAAAAAAGGGGGCUCUCUGGGAUCAAGGUUAUCUUUUUUCACUCUGAGACACCUUGUUUUCAUUACUCCAGGGGUGUUUUUCUACCACCUCAACAAGCCUCUGCAGCGUUUCGUCUCAUUAGAGUAAGAAAAAAACAAACCAAAACAAAAACCCGAGGCAUGUGGACGCUGUCUGAUAAAACCUGGUUUAUGGGGUUUGUUCAGUAUGCAUUUUACAGGAUUUAUGUGCUGCGAAAUGUCUUGUUGUGAUGCGUCUCCUCUGGUUUAACCUGCAGUAUUUCAUGUUGACUGAGCCAGCUGAUCCAUGCAUAUAAACACGGCAUGUAUGGAGAGUGUCUAAAGUGAUAGAGGAGAAAAAGGUCAUUUCAAGCAUAUACAGCAACAUAGAAAAAUAUUCAUAUCCCUAAGAUUUUUACAUUUUGUCUCUUUAAAACCACAAACGUCAGUGUAUUUUAUGCAAAUGUGUUGGACAGACCAACACAAUGUAGUGCAUAAUUGUAUGAAAAGGGGGAAAAAUGACCCGUCCAUAGUGGUAGAAUCGUGCAUUCCACAAAUACGGACUGGUUUAGAUUAAAGGCAUUUUCAUGAGUUACAACGGCGACAAAUGUGUGAACAUGGCUGGUUCUAGCCUCUGACUCGGAAGGGCUGAAUACAGAUCCAUGUCACAAUUUUCAGAUUCGUAUUUGCAAAGAAAUGUAGAAAACCAUCAGUCACUUUUAUUUUACUUUGCUGCUUCACUGCUUGAUGUUGAUCUGUCGCCUAAACUCCAAAUGAAACAUAGACAGACAAAGCAGGUCACGGAGAGCACAGACCAGACAGAGACAAUAGCUAUUAUGCAGAAGUAAAAGCUGCUCUGAACGGUUUUAUUAGAAGGAGGUAAACAUUUAACACGUUAAACAAAAACUGUUAUUGCAGGGAGGGACGUGGCCAGAGCAGUAAAAAGAUACAGCCCUCUGCAAGAUUACUGAGUUAGCCCAGCGUUUGUUGACCUUGUGCUGUCUUACAGAAAGUGAGAUUAAAGAGCAGCAAAAACAGAAAGUGUGACCCCAUGUGAAGAUCAUCUCUGAGACGCCAGUUUCCACAUUGCUGACUCCCAGUAAGCCCAUCAGUGUCUGCCCAGGAGUCAGUGCUUUACACACCUCUGUCAAAGCAGCUUUUAUCUGCCUUACAGCACAUUUACACACACACACACACACACGCACCCACUGAUGCACGCACAAACACACACUGUUUUUUGAACAUUUCUUUCAAUAGCUGAAAUAUGAUAUGCAACUUAUUGGUCUCCACAUGUUUGCUAAACUUGUCAGAAGAGUUCAGAAAAUAUAUAUUUUUUUACAUGAAAAGUUGUGACAAAAUAAAAUUUUGGGGGCUUUUUUUUUAACAUCGAAGUAAUCAGGGGAUGUGUUUGAAACCUGGCAUGUAGUUAAAAUGUCAUGCAAGACAAUUAUUGUGCAGCAACAUAAAAGAAGAAAUAUGUUUCAUGUUAAUAACAGAAGCUAUACAU